AUGAAUUCUUUGACAACUGGCAUGGAGUCUGAAGUCACCCCAUUUGCUGUCAUCAAAAACACAGAGACUGGCAAGAAGUGUCCACUUGAAGAAUAUUCAUUGACUCCAUCAGUUGCUAUCAUCGACCCAAUGUUUUGUGUCUCAUUACCAAAGAAAGCUCGAACAGACUGUGGUAUCAAUGUUUUGGUUCAUGUGGUUGAUGCUUAUGUCCCAGUUAUAACAAAUGAGUACACAGACGGUCUUGUAAAAAAAACAGGCAAAUUAGUCUUCGACGACUAUUUCGAGUCAUUCAACGGGGUUUUGUUGCAAGAGAGAAGAUGCACAAUGCAGCUACCAUUGAUGGUAAGCCGAGCCGCUUUCAAUCUUCCAUAUGGUCGAUGUGUUGCAGUGUUGUUGAAGUCUGAGACGACGGCUGAGGGAGUUGAAGUUCUUGCAAAGGCAAAAACUUCAACACAUAUUGUUUUUUGA